AUGGCAGACUCUCGGCGUUAUCGCAGCAGGAGGACUUACUACACACUCAAGAACCAAAUCCCUUCCAGGAGAUCUGCCGUGACAAAUUAUUCCCCCAUGGCCCCCGGACAAUUCUCAAACUCACGGCGCUGGUUCUUUCUCAUAGUACUUAUCGUGGCCUCGACGCUCCGUCUUCUACGCGACCUCGAUUCUAUCGCUCAAACGCCCCGUGAUAGAAAGGAUCUAGGCGCCCUAUAUUUUCUAUUUAUUAUGUUUUCAUUCUUUGUGGUGGCCAUUGAUAAUUUCAUUGAAAUAACGCCCGAAGACCAACACGCAACCGCCAGUCCUACUCAACCUCAACUGGCGGGCAUUUUCGCCAUAUGUGUGUAUAUAUUCUGCACUCCUUUUACCCCGUCUGCUUCAUGGAUGCAUGGUGCUCUCUGGUGGUUCUGGGCCGCAUAUUUUGUCGCAAGAUGGUGA